CGGCUUCCAGAGAGCCGGAAUUUGAGGAUAUUCCGGAUUAAACAAUAAAAAUCAAAGAAAAACCCUUGAAAAGCCUUAGUUUUCUUGAAGAAUAGUCUGCCCCGUUAAGAAGGAUGACCCCCGACGAGGAAAAUGAAGCCUACAUGGUCAAAGAGGCCCAGAGGUUGCGAAAGAGCGAUCCUUGCGCGGCCAAAGCCUGGAUUAUUACGGCCAAGACGCUGUUUCCCAAUGCCUUCACUGUGCAGUACGAGGCAUACAUUCUGGAGCGGGAUAGCAAAAACUACGAGGAAGCGGCCAGGUGUUUCAGCAGCAUAGCCACCAAUUUUCCCAACCAGCACUCGGAACUCUGGCAAGAAAUCAAUUCGCUAACAAACGCCCUGAGGAACGAUUCGGAGAGCUCGCCGGAACAGGAGUUCUACGUGAAGAUGUACAAGCACUUGACGCCGGAAGUGCAGCACAACGUCUUCAUGCACACAAUCAACAACUGCGGCGACAACCUGGAGCAGUGCAUCUCCAUGUACAUACUGAUGUUCAACAAGUUCCCCAAGUCGGCGCUAACCCAGGCCCCCAGGCUCCUGGAAAUGGUCGUGGAGGGCAUGAAAACGGAGCUGGACUUGUACCAGAGGGUUCUCGUAGAGGAGGUGCUGCCCCUGAUUCAGAACAAACCCCCAGAACUGCCGCCUUCCACCGCCUGCAGACUGUACAUCAGCUCCCUGGAGUAUUACAUAAGGCAGAUAAUGGACGAAUCCGACAAUUCGGACGCGUGGAAGAACGUCUUUAAGGUGCUGACGAUCUGCGGACAGAUGAUGGGCUGGGAACCCUUUCUGCCCUUCAACAAGAACCUGAGUCUAAACGUAUACUGGGAGAGGCUGGUGGACAUUCUGUCGAGCAGUCCCAGUGGCAGUACCCAUGUCCUGUUCUACGCCACCACCCUUUUCAUUUACUCGCUGCACGGCUACAACCGGAACUGCAAAAUAAGAAUCGAGGAUGCCGACGUUAGCCACGUGCUGGUGGAGGGCUUCCUGGAGUGGUCGCCCGAAGGUGAUGGCUCUGAUGUUGCCUGCAUGGAGCCACCCAAGUUUUCGCUCACCUCUCCCGUGAGUACGGAGCUGUCCCAGGCAUUCCUCCAAUCCGCCCAGUGCUGGCAGCUGCUCAAUACGGAUCAGUUCCAGAAGGACUUCAGCCAACUGAUGCAGGCUCUGCCUCUGCAGCCGUGGAUUUCGCGCUUCCUCUUCGAUUUGGCCAUUUAUUUCGGCCAUCGGGACGAGGCCAACAAGCUGAUGUCGGAGAUGACCAACCAAAACGGUCUAGUCCAGAGCCUACAGAUCCUGAGCCUCCAUCUAAUGCAGAACAGCAUGACGCUCCAAGGCUUCCAGUGCAUCUUGAAAAUCAUCGCCGAGCUACCAGCCACUCCAGUGGGCCAGCUGUUGGACAACAUGACCCUCAAGGGGUACCGUCAUGUGGUGUUUCUGCCGCUGACGAGGUCCGCCUUGGUCCAGUACUGCGUGGGAGCGAUCGUCAGCAGGCUCGGCCGCAAGGUCUUUGAGCCCAACUGCCCAGACAGACUGCUCUCAGAUCUGCUGGUUCUCCAGCAGCUGAAUCUGCUCAACGACGUCCUUCUCACCCAACAAAUCUUCACCUUGAUAAGGCAGAGGAAGGCCUUCAACCUGCGCACCCUGUCCACCUACAUCAUCUCCAUCGACUUCAUCGAGGAACUCGCCCACAUUUGGAACUCGCAGCAGGAGGACAACUUCGAGCUGACCAGCUCGCCCACCAACGGCUCCAGUGGCGCGCCAGCUCCAAUCAGCGCGUCAGGGGGAGCUCCCACCCGCCGAAUAGGGACGAGGGGGGCUGAUAAGGGGGCCAAGGAUGAGUUCAAGGCCAUCACCCGGCAGCAGAUUGCCCGGUGCAACGAGAACGUCAUUACUCUGCUGGCCAACUUCAUCAGCCAGGAGCACAUAAUGUUGGCUCAGCACAUUUUCGGAAUAGCCCAGCCUGUCGAGACGAUAGUGAUUAAGUGAGAGAGGGU